AUGCAACUGCAUACAACCCCCCGCCGCUUCCAACAGCCUCCGGGUGGCGGCGGAUUUCCUGGAAUGCGCAUGAACAUGAACCAGGAAGGACCCAAGCCUGGUGAGACGCUCGCACAGUACUCCCAGGACCUGACCAAGCUUGCGCAAGAAGGCAAGCUCGACCCCGUCAUUGGCCGUGACAGCGAGAUCCGUCGCACGAUCCAAGUGCUCUCGCGCCGCACCAAGUCGAACCCCGUGCUGGUGGGUCCGGCUGGUGUCGGCAAGACGGCCGUGAUGGAAGGCCUCGCGCAGCGUAUCGUGAACAAAGAGGUGCCCGAGUCGCUGCAAGACAAGCGCGUGUGUGCGCUCGACCUGGGUGCUCUGCUUGCCGGUGCUUCGUUCCGUGGCGCAUUCGAGGAGCGUUUCCGUGCGCUCCUGAGCGACAUUGAAUCCGAGCACGGCAAGGUCAUUGUGUUUAUUGACGAGCUGCACAUGCUCCUGAACCUCGGCAAGGCCGAAGGCUCGAUCGACGCCGCGAAUAUGAUGAAGCCGUUGCUUGCACGUGGCACGCUGCAGUGUGCCGGUGCGACGACCUACGACGAGUACCGCCGCUACAUUGAAAAGGAUGCGGCGCUCGCCCGUCGUUUCCAGGCCGUGUCGGUGCUGGAGCCGUCGCCGGAAUCCGCGAUUGCCAUUCUGCGUGGCCUGCGCUCGCGCUACGAAGUGCACCACGGUGUUGGCGUGAGUGACGGCGCGCUUGUUACUGCGGCGAACUAUGCGUCGCGCUACCUGACCGAGCGCAAACUGCCCGACUCGGCGAUCGACCUGCUGGACGAGGCAAUGUCUACUCUGCGUCUGCAGCAAGAAAGCAAGCCCGAAGCGAUCGAGACACUCGACCGUGACAUUGUCACGCUCCAGAUCGAGCUCGAGUCGUUGCGGCACGAGUCGGACCCCCUCUCGAAGGAGCGCAAGGCUGUUGUCGAGAAGGAGCUGAACGAAAAGCGACAAGAGAGCGCUGCGCUCACCUCCUCGUGGAUGGAGGAGCGCGAGCGUCUCGACAAGAUGAAGCGCACCAAGGAGGAGCUGGAGGAAGCGCGUAUUCAGCUCGAGCAGGCGACGCGUGAAGGCGACUUCCAGCGCGUGGCCGAGCUGCAGUACGGCCGUAUCCCCGAGCUCACCAAGCAGCUCCCCAAGGAAAACGAGAUGUUGAACGGCGACGGGAGCCAGGCCAAGUCGCCGAUGCUCCACGACCGUGUGACGAGCGACGACAUUGCUGCUGUGGUGGCCAAGAUGACGGGUGUGCCCGUGCGCAACCUGCUGCGCGGCGAGCGCGAGCGCCUGAUGGGCAUCGAGGACUCGCUGCGUCACCGCAUCGUUGGCCAGGACGAGGCGCUGACGUCGAUUGGCGAGGCGGUGCGCCUGAGCCGUGCCGGCCUCAACUCGUCGAAGCGUCCUCUUGCUUCGUUCAUGUUCCUUGGUGGCACGGGUGUCGGCAAGACGGAGGCCGCCAAGGGCCUUGCGCACUUCCUCUUUGACACGGAAAAGAUGGUGCAGAUCAACUGCUCCGAGCUGAGUGAAGCGCACUCGGUGUCGAAGCUGAUCGGCGCGCCGCCCGGCUAUGUCGGCCACGACGACGGCGGCCAGCUGACGGAGCAGGUGCGCCGCCACCCCUACUCUGUGGUGCUCUUUGACGAGAUCGAGAAGGCGAACCGGAGCAUCCACACGCUCCUCCUCCAGAUCCUCGACGAGGGCCGCCUGCAAGACUCGCAAGGCCGCCUGGUGGAUUUCCGCCAAACGAUCAUUAUUCUCACGUCGAAUGUCGGCGCAGAGGUGCUGUAUACCCCAGGUUCCACCGACGCGACCGGCCAUGUACGCCCCGAGGCGAUGGAGAAGAUCAUCAAGGAAGUCCAGCACGUCUUCCCUCCCGAGCUGCUCAACCGUCUCGACGAGCAGGUCGUCUUCAACAACCUUGCCCCCGAGACGCUCAAGGGUAUCGUCAAGAUCCGUCUAGGCGAGGUUGCGCAGCGCCUGCACGACAAGCGCAUCAAGCUAAGUGUCGACGAGGCCGCGGAGCACUGGCUCGCGGAGCACGGCUACGACCCUGCGUAUGGCGCACGCCCACUGAACCGCCUGAUCCAAAAGCGGCUGCUGAACCCGCUGGCGGCCGACAUGAUCCAAGGCAAGAUCAAUGACGGCGACCAGGUCGAGGUCCGCGUGAACGACGACAAGUCUGGCCUGUCGCUGCACUCCAUUCCUCCUCCGAUCACGGUGGAGAACAAAGGGGAAGAGAAGGUCGAGUAG